AUGUCGUCUGUAUCGUUGGCCACGCUUGCGACUGAAGCGAGCACUCAGUGGCCUGUUGUUCGUAGUGCGUACGAAUUUGUAAAGUCUAUAGGUAUUCUCUUUUCGCAUGUCAACUUUUUCUCAGGUCAGGGUGCUACAUCUGUAGUCCACGAAGCCGUUUGCAAGUCGCUUAAUCGUAAAUGCGCUAUAAAAAUCAUAAACCUUGACAAGUCAAGCACAUCGGCCUCUCUUGAUGAAAUUAACGUUUGCUCUGGUUUCUGUUUAACUUUUUCUUAUAGCGCGAAAUCAAGUCCAUGAAGAAUAUGAAGAAUGAAAAUAUAGUGGCCUAUUAUGCAUCCUUUGUUGAUGGGACAGAGUUAUUCAUUGUGAUGGACUUAUGUCAGAGGGGUACGUCCAUUGAUUCUCGACGCACACCAAUCACAUCACACCACUUGCUUCUUUUGCGGCUCCGUUGCCUCGCAAGACUAUAUUUAAGCUUUUUUUGGAGAAUUGGCUACUGAACGUUUUCCUAGGGGAAGUCGUAUACAACUCUAAGUCGUGACACUUUCCACGACGCAUCUUCAUCUUUUUUAAGCACUUUAUGCCACCAUCAUGAAUCGUUCCCAUAAUUUCAGUCUAAUUUUGCAAAAUACAAAUUACGCACCGCUCAUUAAAUACUCAGGUAGCGCCAAAUGUUACUUACUUACAGACAUACUAGUAUGCUCGAUAGAAAAUCUGCUCGUGCGGCCUGUCGCAGCGCACAUUUUCCCCGCACCACAUCAGCCUGUUGUAAUAUAAUUAAAAGCAAUGGUUUAUCCACUCCCACUCAGGGUCUCUCCUCGAUGUAAUAAAGUUCAUUCAAAGUGAACGGGACACAACUUAUGGCGUUUUUGAUGAGAACACCAUAGCGACUAUCUUGCGCGAUGUCCUUCGUGGCCUUGCCUACAUCCAUGAAAGUGGACUGGUGCACCGGUAAGCCUCGCUUAUCCCACUUUGAAUAACCUUCCAAUUGUUUUCUGCUCUAUGGUUGCCUCAUAUUUUAUUCAACUCAUCUGGAGCCAUACACAGUUUUCUUAUAGCAUUCCCUUUUUUCCUCUUGUUUGAGCUAAGUGAGAGAUGCUUGUAAAAUAAACGCCUAUUGACGGCGUUCGGGUUUGCAGACAUUAGUUACUAAUCAAUUCCAAGCUAUUAACAUAGGUUCUCUGGACAAAUGCCUUUAGGGAUUACUAUCGCAUAGCCCCUCUGCAUCUCGUUGAGGAGCAGACCAUGUGGACCUUGAUUUUCCGGCUGGAAAAACAACAUUUUCGUCUCUGUUCUACGACUUAAGUAUAAAUUAUCUGCCCAGCACCUAUACUUCUCCAUAAAUGCGGAAUCUUAAAAGACCAGAUAUCAAACUGCACCUGUCACCUGCCCUCUAAGAAGGCGUCCUCGCUGUCCUUGACUGGAUGUGUGUGCUAUCCCUGUGUACCCAGCAACGACCAGACAAGCUGGCGCAUUUGGGUCAGCCGAUUUGCCCGAAAACUGGGGCAUUUUGGUAAAAAGAACUCAAUAUUUUGUUGAAUAGACGCUGAUGCAAUUGCCUGUCAGGAGUCCAUACAGUUGUGGAGUCGAACAUUCCGGGCUUGAUUAUUUUUCUUUAUCUUCAAUGUGCAGAUGCCAGCCUUUGACACCCAAGGAAUAGAAUGCGUUAGUGUUUGAGCCUGCAGCCCCUACUACGACAGCUCCAGCCAGCUCAGAAGGGCACAUUGUUGUACCAGAUGUCGAUAUGGGAACAAUUUUUCUCCUCGCUAGAGAAGCAGCUCUUGUAGAGUUAACUUACGUUUGUUAUUGUCUUCGAAACCUAAACCUCUCAUCCAGCUGCGGGCAUGGAUGUAGGAAUUCCUUCAUCCAAACAGUAUCAGGAGUUAUGCGACCACUCAGUCAGGCCUCAUCUUAUGACUGCUGCUGUGGAUUUGGUGACUCCGAUUGCGUAUGCAAUCUGCAAUUUCAGCCGCGUUUUCAGGAUAGGACAGUAUCGCAUCUUCAGUUUUUUGACUAAAGAGAACUUUUUUUCCAAUACCACUCGGCAAGCCUAACUUUGUGUACCACCGCAACACAUGUUGUCGGCGCUGUUCACUACUUUGCCACUCAAAGUUGUUGUUUCAUCAUGAACUCCUAGUGAUCAAACUCAGUCCAUGACAACCGUGGAGCGCGGAAGUCAUGACUGGAAUUCCACAUUUGUUCUCAUUUAUGGUCUCAGUUCAGAUCUGCUCAUUCUUGCAAGUUACGUGAUAUCAACGUUUUCCUUGACUCUGUAUUUUGGGCUUCGGUGCGUCGUCCAAUUCUUUUACGUUGCCACACACGAGGGAUUAUUAUUCAGGUCUUCUUAAACAUGCCCCGGAAAACUCUGGAUCCAUUAGCUCAAUUGCCGAUCAGUUAAGAGAGACGUUAUUAGCAAAGCCAUCUGAAGCACCAUGACAGAUCAUCGGGCAAAACCAUUACUGAGGCAGCAGUCAGACCGUUAUUCUGGUCUAAACUGCGACAAUCCGCAGCCAACGGGCCCAUGCACAUUUAAACUCUUAUUUGUCAUACUCACUUUUAAUCUCCAACCGACACCGACAAUUUUAGCACGGAAAAUUAUUAAUGUCAGCGAAAAGGUCACAUCUCCAAAGUACAACCUUAAAUUCGCCUCUGACUGGACAGUGACACAGCAAAGACCGUACAUUUCUGAUUACGAAAAUCUGGCCACUUUCACAAGGGGCAGUCAUUCGGUUGCACCCGUCCAGCCGCGACUGCAAAGUCUCACGGUCGUCGCGUGGUUUUCAUUUGUGGUGCAUAAAUACUGCUCAACCAAUCCUGUAACUCAAUGAGCUGUUUGUAUUUUGGAUCAUAAGGUGUCACCCAAUACUUUGCUGUUUAUCGUCCGACUACGCCUGCCGUUCAUAAACACUUGGCUGUUAACAUAAUUUUUACACACUUGCCUUCCUUUUUCUCAUUAUUGGAGGUUGUUUCCAUCUUAUUCGGCGAAAACCUGACUUUUUCGAUCGGCUAAUCAGACCAUUUGCAUCAUAAAAAUCUCUUUCCAGUAACUCGAAUUCUAUGCCAGCGUUGUACGUAGGUCCCGUAUAAUUUUGACUCUUUUGUUGCUGUUUAUAAGAGUACUUCGGUUGUUUAAGUCGUCUCUUUCCCUGCCGCCAACUGGCUUGGCGGAGCUCUUUAGUAGAUCUUUUCUCGAAGUAGAAUCUUGUGGGCGCCUCAAAUACGAGUGCGAACAUUGCAACUGGUAGUAGAGACGCGUGCGCCGAUCACGUUACGAAGCUCACUCGUUUCGUUGUGCCUUAGGAUUCUCUCGAGCUCUGCGGGCAGCCGCACAGCGGCGCGUAAUGUAGGCAGAGAAGGAAAACCGGAUGGCCAUUUCCGGUCUCUAGACUGUCAGCAGCCACCCAUAACCAAUCCCGAGGGCGUUGUACUUCUAACCAACAGGUCACGAGUUCGAGCCUCUGAGGUUGCAUACUUCGGGGCUGGGUAUGGCUGUCUAAUGACGACUAAGAAGCCCAAAAUGGUCAUUUUAGCCCCCCUUGUAAUGUCAUUACAAGUAUUAAAAACGGUAACCAUAAUUUGUAUAUCAGGACCCUUGUGAUCUGCUCUUGUAGUAGAAUACAACUUCUGAAUGGCUGGUGUAAUUGAUGCGCUUUUGUUUCUUCUAUUUAAGUGUUUGACCCAUGAUCUAUUUUCGAGCUUUUCGAGAUUAGCCACUGCCCAGCGCCUAGGGCUUAGAUUCAGGACGUGCAGCAUGACACGGGUCUUGACUUGCCAAACCUGCCCAUUUCCGCGCGCUUCAUGUCAAGUGCCUUGAACCACGUCACGUGAUUCAUGUGGCACCUCAACGCUCCUCUCUCGCCUUUGUACUUUUAGCUUGCUAUUCAUUUAAAUAGCCGCCUGCUGGCUAGACCGCGUUGGGGCGUUCGACCGAAGGCAAGAUCUGCAUUCUUUGUUCGAUGGGCUGUUCGGUCAAGGUCUGGUUCGAUAUAAGACGGGGACAAAUACCUAGUCAGACCCUGCGCCCUAUCACACCAACAGCCUGCUCAACUUGAUUCCACCUAUAAAUAAUAAUUAACUUGGAAAGGUAGGGGUCAGUCAUGCUAACCUGCGCAGACUCCUGUGCUAUUCUACAACUCAUGGCAUGAAAGCCUGCUAACUGACGUGUUAACACAGUCCCUGGUUGACUGUUAAUGUUACACUGCAUACGUUAUCUGACCAUGUGCCCUGCAGUUCGUUUUUUGUUGCGGCACGAGCUUAUGCGUGUUACAGGCAAGACCUUAGCGACUGCCCGGUUAAUUGGUAUGUCCACGGUCACCUUCAGUAAAGUCCCUCAGAGUUUAGCCUUUGAAGCACGAUGGUUGCGGGAAGAGAGAUUGAGGUCGGCGCCCAAAAAUUAGUCCUCCGUGUUCUUUAAACUCGAGUAGUCCACCUCCAUGAGCAAGAACUUAUUCGCCCGCUUCUUAAAUUCAUCUUGUAGAUUAUGUGGAUGUGAACGAAAGAAGUACUUUGAAUUACGAAUGAGCAAUCUAGCAUUGUCUCUUGUCAUUGUGACCACCAGUAUCGACCUUUAAGGCAGUCGUCAAUUCUCCGGCUGGUUCUUACCUUUGGCGUCACCAAGUAGCGCUAGUUCCACGCAUUUAUUUAGCAGUGUUCGCUUCGAUUUCCGUACCUUUGUCACUGUGCUUCACCACGUUGGCGGCUCGUCCGACAGGGUUUGAUUUUGUCCCAUGCAGAGAGUAGGCACGUAAUAUGAGGUGAGGGGGGGGCUCUCUCCAUCAAAUUGCCUUAUCGUGUUCAUGGAAUCUAUUCUCCAUUUCCCCUUCUGGUUAAUCUGUAUGGCUGGGAGAUCAGUAUGCGCAAGAAUUGCGGCAGAGAACACUUAAUGCGCAUAAAAGUCAUAUAAAGGAGGGCUGAUUCGCAGUCUUGAAAAGGACCGUGCUUUCCCGUCAGGUGGAAACCGUCCCAGCGUGGCGUGAUACAUUCAGAUUCAUUUUAGUGAGGAAUAGGCUUGCUUUACGUAGGGGUGGAUUCCCUACUGUCGGCCUCUUCCAUUUCUCAGCUGACUGUUUGAGCCAGUCUGCCAUCCGAUGCUAACAUUGGGCUUAAGUGACUUUGUUGACUUGAUAGUUAGGACUUUUAAAACAUCUACCCCAGUUUGCUCUUCUUGAGUUCAUUAUGUUUCCGAGGCAAGGUAAGGUCAAGGACAACCAGAGAUUGGCGUGCGCGCUCAGUAGCUGACGAGUCUAAACCGUCGUCUAGUAGGUCGGUCUCAUUUUUUCUUUUGCUCUCCUAUCAUGUUCUCGUUAAACUGACGGAGUCUUAGUUGGCCCCUUUGUGCUCAUAAGCAUGUAUGCGUACGUUCAGAUCUACUGAAUCUGACAGAAUCAGGGUGGCAGGCAUCCGAAACGAUGUAUUGCACCGAUGACGCCACCCGGACAUCGCGGCGCGAUGUCUGCUUAACGAAGUCCUGCUUGAGCAGAAGGUCGCACAACAUUUUUUAUGGUGCUCACAUGAGUACUGAUCGUAUGUACUCUUUUCAGUCAUAGCUGUGGUCAGUUGGCCAGAAGUUUGCUUUGAUAGCCCUGGCUUAUUAAAUCAUGUGCUGGUAUCUUGUGAUCGUCUGUCACGCGCCAGUAUCUGCUUACUCAAGUCAGUGCAGGGUAUGGAAGGGGAAGGAGGGCUGAUACUGGUGUUUACGAGGAGCAAAGUUAUGAGGGCGUCCGAUACGCCACGUGCACAGCGAUGGUCUGCAUACGCGGUCGUAAUUUAAUGAACAUCACCCCAUUGUGAGCUUCUAGUGCAUCAGUCUAAGUGUAGUUUGUUGCAGAUUUUGUUGUCCUAGUGCAUAGUGAUUUGAGUCCUCGUGUUCCCCGAUAGGCUGUGAUGUGUGGGCGCUUUGUGCCUGUUUUAGGUUGCGGUGUCCCAGUUUUUCAUACCAACUACUUCUUAUAAUCGGUUAUUUAUUGUAGAUGUCAUCUUUCGCUGUUGUUGUUAUGUGGCUGAGCUCAUGAACUUUGAUUGCCAUCCAUGGCUGCUCUGGCGACUGUACGUUUUGAAUCUGUCCUGCCGAACUGAUUGGGAAAAAAACCGGAAAAGUACAGGUCUGAUGCUAAAGGAGGACUUGUAAUAAGCUUUUCUUUUCAUCCAAUGAUCUUCUUGUCAGAACUCACCUCUCCCACACCUUAGCCUUUUGGAAGGCGACUUACGUUUUUCUGCCACCGAGCUUACCGAAGACCCACUGGCAGAAUUCCUUAUUUGCCCUGUUCUACGAAACGCAUGCAGAGUUAAGAAGUAGUGAAUAUUUGACAGUAUGCGGCAGAAUUUCCGGAGCCUUUAAAUUGCGCCUCACUAAAUCAAGACUGUAGUAAUUCUUAGCGUUUGGAGUAUUCACAAGUCAUACAUGAUAUCAUAUUAUCUUUCAUAUUGACUUAACUGUGAAAAACUCGGCGCAUCAAUGGGAUUCGAACUCACUACAGUAGGGGGGAAGGCUUUAGUGCAGCCAACGCCCUAACCACCUGAGCUACGAGGCGGCGCCGGACGACGCGAGUUUAAUCACAUUUGGGUCAAGUUACCCGCCCAACCUACUGCAAUGUCUGGAAUCCACCAAAUCUGAUAUAGUAAAUUGACUGCUGUUGUGGGUUCGGAUCCCACCGACGCGCCGAGUUUUCCACAGUUGGGUCAAUAUGCAUUAUUCAAAAUCUGCCAAAACAUCUAUGAAAACAUCUAUGAAUAUCAUCUUUCGAUUGGACAUCUGUCAGAUCACCUAUGUAAAGUGCUUCGGGAAGAUUUACCUCAUUUCUUGGCACUUCUAGGUCGCCGUACAUUUUUCUUAUAAUUCCUCACAGCAGUGUAUUAAGAAGUUGGCGAUCUUGCUUAUUUUGUGGGAAAUUACAUCUUCAACUUUUUUUUAUAUAAAACAAGAAUGCCUUUUAUUUAAAAAACCCCGUAGUUAUAAUAAUUUGGGAUUUUUUGUACACUUUAUUAUCCCAAAGAUGGCCACUUCCUUCAAAAAGUUAGACCUUGGCUCCUCAACAGUUCUAGCCUUGUUGGCGUAAUUUUCGGGAAAAGAACGUCCCAAAAUCCGUAGGCUUGUUAAUCCUGCUUAUUCAGUCGAUGUUGUGGUUCGUUCUGAUUGCCAUGUUUUAACCUCCAAGCUGAUUCUCCCCAGACACGUUUAUCAAUAUAAAAGAAUAAAAAAAUGACGUCUAACACAAAACUUUGAAGCAAUACUACUAGCAGAAGUGCGGCUCGCAUUUCAAAAUAUGCAAAAAUUGACAAACUCUUCUGCAGCCGAAGUACGAUUCCUCCACCAAGCACAAGUAUAAACAAUACCAGCCUCCUGGAUUUUCCGUUGAUUUCCUCAACACUAGAAUCCUCGGCACCUAUUUAUUUUUUCAAGAGCACCACUGUACAGUUCACUUACAGUGGAAUAUGCGUUCAAUGAUGUCUCUGAAUUUCUUGCUGUCUAUUCUACUUGACUCUUGAAAAUGAGUAACCGCCCUCCUUUCCCACCUGCAGUUCGCCUAAGUCUCAAGUUUUCGCGCUUGCUUUUAACUGGUUCGUUAAUGUUAAACAAUUUCCCAUUGUGGUAGAGAGUGGAGUAAGCGGCACCCGAGGCGAGGUGAAAAUUGGCUGGCUGCGUAAAAAUAACCGAAAAAAAGAGAAGACAGGGCAGUAAAAUCCCUUCAUCUAAAGCAGGUUUGGUCACACGCAUCUGAACGAUAAAUGUUUGGCUUCAUCUGCACCAAAAAUGCAUGCCUCACAUCCCCUGUCCUCUUAAAUCCCAGACAACAUAUACUUCUUAUGGCCUUCAUUUUUGUAUUAUGAGCUAUUUCGGCACCGUAUUUUAUGAUUUUAUACUGAAGGUAGCAAUGAAGCCUCACACAUCCCUUUUGUGUUGUGCUAGGUGUGCUUCGCGCCCUCCGGUAACUCGGUUAGCGUUGGCUCACCGUCGUUGCAAAUCCUUUCCAGUAUUUACAUAGUUUAAGUGUCUAUGAAAACCUUUGACCAAGCCGCCCUCUUCUGUGAUUGCUCUCAUAGGAGCCUGAGCCGGUUGGUUCCCUUGAGCCGCCACUCCCAGAAUCUCUUCAAAUUAGUGUUCCGUGGACUUUUCGCCUGAUUCCUCCCAUCAUUUUUUGGUCACUGCGUUUGAGUCCCCUGAGUGAUAGUAGUUUGACCAUUCGGUUACUCCGUGAGACGUACUCUUUACGGUCAUAGAUAACUGUAGUUGUUUUUCGACUGUGGGCAAUAAAGCUACCUAGUAAGAUGUGAUUCAUCGCAUCCACUUCUUCACAUUGCCGAGGUUUAACUCGUUGCAAAGCAACCUCACGAACCCAGAAAUCUGUGAUAAAUAUUAAGCGCACGGAAAACACUAUCCUAAAGUAAAAUGCGGAAAAAAGUGAAACCCGUCCUCAUCUACUGUGUGCUUCCUUUUGUGUUUCAGCGAUUUGAAAUGUGGAAACCUGCUCGUCAAGGACGACGGGGUGAUUCAGAUAGCUGAUUUUGGCGUGGCGGGGUUUCUCGCCACCCAGCCUAUGUCGGCAACCGGAAGUGUGGAUCUUCGAAGGUACACGUUUGUCGGCACACCUUGCUGGAUGGCUCCGGAGGUUAUGCAACAAGUACGCCAUCUCCCUCCUCCCCAUCUGUCUGUGCAUGUACAGGCCGACGUUUCUAUGUUAUGAACUGAAAACCACGCAUGCAUUUUAGGGCAAGACUGAAAGAUAACUAUCCUACUCAGAAACCCAUGUUAGUAUGACCAGAAAGAUGCCCGUAUUUGGCAAACGGCCUCGGGUAUGAUGCUUUCGCCAAUAUCUUCGUUAUAUUUUACUUCAUUGGACCGCAGUACUUCAGGAAAUGUUUGCCUACAUACCCCAAAACUGUUAGAUUUGAAAGUGCGCUCACCCUGCUUAUAUGCAUGGUGACAGAGUACGCAAUAAAACCGCACAAAUAGAAGACGUGUCGACAUUGUACGGCGGCCCAAUUGGGGUUUACCCCUCCUGAUUUGACACAAGAUGUACUCACAAUGACAUUACCGAUAAAGGCAAGGGAGACUGGAAUGGUUAUUUGUGGCUUACCACAGAUUUUGUAACCUCUGAGGCGCCAGAAGUCCAACGCCUAAACCACUGAGCCACAGGCUAGUUGUGCUGUAUGUUGUGAUCGGGUAAAUAUAAUGGUAAAAAGACACUCACCGAUUGCGUUACGGGACACGUUCACUCCGUUGUGCUUUGGGUAGGACCUGGGGUUGGAUAGGACUGACUGAUAACGGCUAGUAAGCCAGAACUGCCCAUUAUAGUCUCGCUUGUCUUUGUUAGUAGUGUUAUUCUACGUAUAUUAUCAGUCGCUGCGCGGCUGCUGGCGGGACCCUAGACUGAACCACAAGGCACAACAGGACGAGUGUAUCCCCUAACGCGAUCGGUGCGCCGCUCCUCUACCCCAAAAUGUAAUCACAGUGAUGUAUGACGAGCAGGAUUCAGGGCUUUUUAGGAAUCGAAACCCAGAAGUACGUACAGUAACAUGAGAUAUCACCAUGUGGGGUUGGUUCUGCUAGUACCGUCUUCGCAGGCAUUAGAACAAAAAUUUGCAAUGAUGUUGAAGUGUUGUUGACGGUUGGCGCGUUCACGUGAUACAAUGCGGUUGAGGGGUUGAUUUCAGCUCGCUUAGAUAAGAUUGGCAACCAGCCCUUUUCUUAUGGUUAUGCUGUAGGAGGUCAUGUAACCUCGACAAACCUAAAAGCCGUUGGAGCCAGAAGAUCGUCUCUGUCGUUUUCUUUACGACAUUUCACAUUGGCGUUGUAACCAAUGAGACUGACUGCCGCUCACGUAACCUCGAAGAGACUGCCGUUUGCAUUUUUCUCAAAUCACAAGCUUACUAAAGAGGCUUAGUCUUCACUGGAUGAACGCCUCCUUUAGAAGCAUUUGCAAGCUUGACCACACCUAUUAGUCUGUUUACAUGCAACCUCCUUUUUUUCUUGAUUGCAGUAAAAUCUCACCAUUUUGUUUUAUCCUAGGCCUCUGGAUACAACCAAAAGGCGGACGUUUGGUCGAUCGGCAUUACCACCAUCGAGAUGGCAACGGGACAAGCACCGUACGCCAAAUACGCCCCGAUGAAGGCACGAGACAAGUUCCUGUGA